CUGGUCAAAGUUGUUUAGCACAACCAAUUCAAAGACCUUUCGGUCUUUAAAAAUUGAAGAAGAGAGUAGGAAGAAGAGGUAAGAGAUUCGAUUCGGGGAAGGAUUCAAUGGUCAGCAACUCGUGGCAAUGGUUGACGUGUUGUUUCAAGAGUCAGCAAUCUGUACAGACCUGCCGGCGCGGCGCGUAGGAAUUUUUAACCCAGAGAACAGUGGAAGCGCGAGAGAUACGCUUGCCCAGUAAACACCAAAACGCAUGGUAAUUGCGUAGAAGGAUUCAUUCCACCCGUCCUCCUCCUGCUUCCUGCUUCCACUGCCGCCCACGACUCCACUGUUUUGACUUCUGCCCUACUUAAUCCCCUCCUCCUGCCAUUCCAUAACCACAAUUACAACCACAACAACUGCAUACAACAUUCACAUUAGGCAGAGCAUGUCAAGUUCAUCUGUAGCUCAGGAGUUUCGAUCCCAGGACAUGAAGCCUCCAUUUCCUCAGUUUGUUAGUAGCAUUGUAGGGUCGAUGGCGCGCGGCAAGAGGUCGAAGCGCCCCAGGCCUUUCUAUUCGGCGUCGGAAGAAGAUCAUGUCUUCUGGAGCUCGCUCUCGGAGACAGAAGCAGAGGAGGAGGAAGAGCAGCAGCAGCUGGCUGCUUAUUCCCUCAUGAUGAUCGCUCAUGCUCAUGGAAUAAGAAGCUCUGGUAAGGUGAGAUUAAGCGGUCCGAGCAAGAGGAAGUCCGAAAGCCUGGAGGAUUUUGAGGCAGAUUGUCCUGAAAUACAAGGGAUUGUGAAGGAGGAGAGUGAGAAGAGAUACCAUUGCAAGACUUGCAGUAAGAAAUUCAUGUCUUUCCAAGCCCUGGGAGGGCACAGGGCAAGCUGCCAUAACAAGACACGGAUCUUGCAGGGGCAGGCAGGGGGGGGCUUGGACUACGAAAAUGUUGCCGCUUCUCCUGUCAAGGAAAGGCUUCAUAUUUGCCCUAUAUGUGACAGGGUUUUCACCAGCGGUCAAGCCCUGGGCGGCCACAAGAGGACUCACACAACGCCUAGUACCAGUAUUUCUCACACAACAGUCGCACCGCUUGCCAGUAGCAGUAUUUCUACUACUAAAUCAGAGAAUCAGCUGGAUUUGAACAUGCCUGCUCCUCUUGAAAGCAUUGACUCUCCAGUUGCACCUCCCUACUCUGUGACGCCCCUGCCUCCUCGCUUUACAAAACCUAACUACAAAUUCAACCCUUACUGGUGGAUGGAGAGCCCUGCAAGGAGCACGCCGUCUCUCUACGACGGUGGAGUGCUAGUCGCCGCAGAAGAUAAAGCGCCGCGAGAUCUAGGCUUUAAACAAGAUUUAUUCUUGGUUGCGACUGUAAAUUAGGCUUGCAGUCGAGCAGUUUCAUUCUUCAUUCUUCAUUCUUUCAAAAUUCUUUUGUUCUUGUUGCUUUUGGCUUCAUUUAGUUCAGCGGAAAUCGGUUAUGUCACCUGUUAAAGAUUUCCUCUUUAGAUUUUCAAUAUUCUUUCCAUCCGCCAGCCUUUGGCGGAUGCUUCUGCAAUAAUACAUUUUCAUCAUUGGCUCCA